ACUGGUUUCUAUGUCGCGACGGAGGGAAAGAUGUAUUUCCUUCUUCCCGAUUGCUCUCCCCCAGUUUCCUCCCAUUCGCUGUAUUGUUCUCCUUGCAUUUAUACGAAGUUCUCAAACUCCUUGCAUUUGUAGCCGUUCGUUUCACAUCCCAGCAAAAAUCAAGAAUGACAGAAUCACCAUUUGUGCCAAGAGAGAGGCUUCUGAAGAAGCAGCAGCUCUUCCAGAGCAUUCACAAGCACACGUACCUGAAAGGGCCAUUUGACAAGAUCACCUCAGUUGCCAUUCCCCUUGCAUUGGCGGCUACCACUGGGUUCAUGAUAGCGCGUGGAAUCUACAACAUGUCUCAUGGGAUUGGGAAGAAGGAAUGAGAGGGGCGUUCUACUCAAAUGAUGAAGAAUGGGUUUGAAUUUGGAUGACAUUUUUUCUUUUUUCCCUGUAGUUCUAAUAAUGGUGUGGCGUCAAAUCUCGAAUUCUGUUGGAUUUAGAUGCAAUCAUUCCUUCUCCCCCUUCUUGUCAAGAUUAUUUUGUGUAUCCUUCAUGGAUUGCAGACAUAUUGAAAUCACAUUGCUUCUUUAGCUUUCUUCUC